AGAAGACCCCGCAGUCGAAACUUCCCCACUGGGUCGCAACAAAUCGGCCCACUCGGCUCAGGUGCUCAACUCUAUAGUAGAAGAACUCCCCCCCUUGUCCUCUCUCAAUCCUAAUUAAAGCUGGAUUUAAAAUACUCGUGACCACUACUAAGACUGUUUGUUUUUCUCACUACCAUCGAGCAUACCGGCGUUUGCUAUUAGAUCUAGACCUUUACAACUUCGCUACACUAUAACACAAGACUAGUAUACUAGUACACUGCACUACAAGAUGGCUAUCGCCGUUCGGUUCGUUCGCCCAACUAUCCGCCAUUUCUCUGUUCGCCGUCCACAGCCAGACAGUCGCACCUCUCGAUUCGUCACCAGCUCGUGUCUCUUCUCGGCAGUGGUGCUGCCAUUUGUCCCUCCAGCCCUUGAAAGCUCUCGCGCUAAAAAUACAGACGGUCCCAAUUGCAAUCAGUAUGUUCUCGACUUGCCCAUACUCGGAUACACAGGAAUACGGUUGCUGAUUGGCUGACCCUUGUCUCCCUAGGCCACACCCGCCGCUCUGUUUUCAUGCCCGUUAAUAUGUCGUCUCGGUUACCAUCCCCGAAGGAGGAAUCUGGUACCUGACAUGCAUCGGGACAUUUGCCGUAUUUCCGCCAAUCUUUGAUGCGACGACCUUUCUUUUUCCCUUUGUUUUGAUAUCACCACCCCGGGUGGACUUGCAAAUUGUGGGCGUACGGGCGUCGAUAUUUGUUACACAUACCACAAUAUGGUAUUUGUGGUGUGAAGUGCAUAUUGUUGGACGGAGUUUGCUGGCGUUGUGUCUUUUUUUUUUUUUUUUCUUCCAAGUAUUACCCAUUUCUAAUUUUGUUCUCUUAACGAGUCUGUAUGAUUGCGAGCAUCGGAGACCUGCAUACUUCUCUCGACUAGAGAAACGAUGCAUGCAUGCAUUCUCACCACAGUGAUCAUGCGAACUCGAUCGCAAACGAAUAACCCAGGUUUCCCUCUGGUAGGGCAGUGGAAUGAUGGUGUUGCUGCAGUGCAGAAAUGAAUCAUGGCAGUUUUAUGUACCUUACACAAGGUGCAAUUUUGUCGAGUCUAAUUCACUGGAUGAAUACUCAAAUGAAAACAGC